GAAGUUCGAAGGAGGCAAGUUCUCAAGUUGGAUGUGAAAACUCAGAGGGAAGUGGCUGCGUUUAUGUGUCACACACUCCGAGGACUCAGCUGAAAUUCACCCACCGAGGAGACCGGCGAAGCCUCGAGGGCGCCAUGUCUGGGGGCAACAGCUGGACCAUCCUCACUUCUGAGGAGACUGUUGCUGAAACCCUGAAGCCUUUGACAGGGGGGGCGGACCAGCAUGAAGAAAGCCAAACAUCUGCAGCAGAUUGUGGGGAGGCCGCCCGGCCUGCUAACGGCGCUGAGUCUGCAGACGCUCUACAUGUGGACGACUACCUUGUAUCAGAGGAAAAACCAGCAGCGCUGAAUGGAGACAGCACAGAUCAACACACCACGGUCACCGACAGCCCCGUUCCGUCCUGUAUUGAAGUGUCUGCCCGCCUGGUCCAUUGUGACGAUGAAGUCGGCGACACACAGGUCCCGUCUGACGACCAGGCCCAGUUCAGCCCCGACCCCGACUCGUUCUCCGACUCCUACACCCACGUCACCCCCUCCGCCGACGAGCCCCCGGCCUCGCCGCUCAGCACAGAGACUCUUGGAAGUGCAGAAUUCUCCCAGGAGGAGGAUAAACUCUCUCUGGAGGCAACGCUGCAUCCGCUUAACGGGGAGAAGCUGCACCAAGACGAGGAGGAGUCAGACUCUUAUUUAAGGACAACCGACUUAGGAAAACAGGCAGAACCCGCUGCAGACUCGGAGGCGGCGGAUGAGAAGACGGGAGAGGAGGACGAGCCAGAGGUGAGGAAGCGAAGGUCUCUGUUAGCAGCUCUGGAGCAGAUCGGACAGCGAGAGGAGGACGAGGUCGAGGAAGAGUUUCAGCUGCCGCAGCGAGAGGACGGCAGCGGCUUCUCUGUCAAUAAAUGCAUCCUGGGCGCCGUGAUCCUUCUGGGCCUGGGCACCAUCUUUUUCUCAGGUGUCUUCAUGGACCUGGAUGAGGAGAGCGACUAUACCAGGGAGCUGAACGAGGCCGCGGCGGCAGGAAAGCAGGAAUGGCUUAAUCCCGAGGUUCCUCCAGACCCAGUAGGUGCUGACAGUUCAGCGCUCCUAAAUAAGUUAGCCGAAGGGACUGAGCAGAUUUCUGUGCUUCAAGCCCAACUUCAGGCCCAGAAAGAUGAGCUAAAAGUAGCCAUGGGACAAGCAGCAGAGGGAGCGAAGGAGCGGCUGCGCUGGGAGGAGGUGGAGAAGGAAAACAGUAGGUUGAAGACAGAGGUGGCUUCUCUCCCUGUCCUUCUGAAAGAGAACGAGAGGAUGAAGAAGGAGCUGGAGUCUAUCCCGGCCCUACAGAAAGAAGUAGAAACUCUGAGAUCCACUGUGACUGAAUUAAAACUUUCUUCAGCAGCCCCUCAAACAGAGCCCGAUCCUGUGGAGCUGGCCACAGCCCCCCCUGGUGGCCAGCCAGAGGACAGCAAGCCUGAAACAGCUGGAUCUGAGGGGAGACGGGAUAGGAAGCAAUGGGAUGAACGGAAGGAGAAGAAAAAAGAUCCGAAGAGGGACAAACAUGACACCGGUGAAGUGAAGGAUUGGAAAGAGAGAGAUAAAUCUGUUUGGAAGGAAGGAGAGAAGAGGGAGCACAAAGACGGAGGAAAAACGGAGCGUAAGAAAGUAAUACGCGAGUUCGACAAGGAUGGUCAGCACAGGAAGCACGGUGAAGAGACGAAACACUGGAAGGAGAAGGACUGGAAGAAAGACAAGGAUGGACGAGGGGAUGAAGGAAAGUCCUGGAAGAACAGAGAUGGGAAGAAAGAGUGGCGAGAGAAGAGUGAGGGCAAAGAAUGGAAGGAUGAAAAAGACAGGAAAAAGGUGAAGUCUGAGAAAGUGAAGGAGGGAAAACAGUGGCGAGGGAAAGGAGAGGACAAAGACUGGAGGAGUGGAGAGAAGCAGAGGAGCAAGGAGGAGUGGAAGAAAACUAAAGAUGGCUACAAGGAGGGAAGGAAAGAUAAGGAGUGGAAGAAUAAAAAUGACAAAGAUCAGGGGAAAGAAGGAAGAGGAAGGGGUGAGCGAAAGCAGUGGGAAGGAAGCACAGAAAGGUCAGGUAAGGAGGAGAGGAAGCGCCUGAAAGAGCAGGAGUGGAAGAGCAAGAAUGGAAAACAUGAGAAGGAGUGGAAGAGGAAAGACAAGAGGGUUGAAGAAGAGGACUGGAAGAAAGAGAAGAAGCACGGCGGAGGAGGGACGAAAGACAAAUCGAAGAAGAACCGGGUCGUCGAUGAUCACGGGCAUCUCUACGGAGAGCGCAAGCCGUCCCACUCGCACCGCAAGCCCUCGGUGGGCGAGGCCGAGUACUGGGUGCAGCAGAAGGACCGCCUCCACCACGACCCCAAGCCGCCGCAGCAGUGCGACUCGGUGGAGGCCUGCGCCCAGCGGGAGCGUCUGCGCCCCGUCCCCCUCGCCGAGUUCGAAGCCGUCCUCCAGACCUACCUGGCCAAGGCCCAGGAGGCCGGAGUGGACCGGUCCAAGAUGGAGGAGCUGCAGAAACUCACCCCCGACUUCUUCCGGGACGGCGUCUUCGUUCACGACAAGAUCAGCUUUCAGGACUUUGUGGAGGACGUCGGGGACAUCCUGGAAGACAUGGUGGAGGUGGACGAGGACGGCGACGAGGAGGACAGCGCCAUCGAGGAGGAGAUGGAGGGGUUUGAACAGGAAGUCAUGAAGACGUUUUCAGUGGCCGGAGACAAAGAGAGGCGGAGCAAAGGGGAGUGGAGGAAGGAGAGCGUCCCGGGACGCGGCUGACGGAGACGUGGAAUCGAUGGAUCUGUGGAAAGUGGCCAAGACGAGUCGGGACGGAUUCGGUUUAUUCAAAGGGAACAUUUCUUGUUGAAACACUCUUAGAAGCACACGGUUAUCAACCUGUCGUUCCGUUCACAGGAUGGCUUCUCUUGUGUCCCACUUUCAUCUGGUGUCCAAGGAAUUAAUGUCGUUUCACUGUUUUAAGUUUGGAGUUUGGUAUUAUAUCUCCACACACACACAAAAUAGUAUCCUGGGUCACAGCUGCAUCUCCCACUAUGAUGAUGUUUUGUUUGUGUUUUUUUUGUGGGAAAUGCUUACUUUCUUGUGUACCUCUAACUUCUUAUUUAUAGCUGCACGUGCAGCUGAUGAGCACGUCUGUUGCUGUGAAGGUCAUUUCUGCUCAUUUCUGCUCACUGCGCUGCAGUUUCUCUUUCUGCAUAUGAGGGAUUAAAGCGGUCGGACAGAACUGGUUGCACUGACACAUUUCUGAAUAAUUUACUCUGUAGUUUAUUUAAACUAAACACGGCGCUGCACCCUCAUUGUUUCUUUACUCCUGCUUCAGGCCUGCUUCUGAAUAGUGCCAUCAUUAAAUAUCGAUUUAUAUUAAUUGAUUCUUGGACUCGGUGAUAAAAUACUUAAAUUCAGAGCAGUGGGUCGGUUGAGGAGCUUUUUUUUUUUUUUUUUCUGUUUUGCUUGAGAGUAAAUUGUAAUAAAAAAUAAGCAAAGGUUUUAAACUGUUAAGUUUUGAUUAAUUGAACUGAAUUUAGUCUUAGUUUAAGGGGCCAGAUGUGAAGACUUGCCAACUGUUCUUAAUUCUAAGCAUCUAACUGGCGUGAGAAUAGUUCUUUCUACACUUUGAAAACCUGAUGUGUGGGAUCGACUCAACACAACACUGAACAGAUUUAAAGAAAACCUUGUUGGAAAAAAAAUAUAUUGCAGCUACUUUACUUUGUACAUAUUGCAUUAAAUGUGUUCUUCAGAACUUGCUGAAAAUUUAGACACCAGAUUAAUUUAUAGAGUUUGGCUUUGUUAUAGAAAAUAAUUGAUGGGCACAUAAGAUAAACUGUAUAUUUAUUUUCAGGUACAGAAGUUGUUUCGUGCACUAAAAGGUUCUUAAUAACUGUUUUAUUUGAAUGUAACAGUUGCAGUCUUAGGUUGUCCGCGGUACUUAAGGAGUCAAAGACAUUUUCUUUAUCUGUUUACAUGUCGAUGGACUUGAAAUGCGUCUGACUGAAGAGUCGACAGCAGUGCAGAGGCUGCUUGGAGGCAGGACGGCGCUCUGUGUGGGCCGUUUGGCAGCUGACAGAGCUCUGAAUGUCAGGAUGUUCAUGUUUGCCAACGUUGCUGUAAUGAAAGAAAAAUAAUAAAUGUAAU